AUGUCCAAGUGCGGAUCAAAAUCUAAGUGUGAGCCGUCGAGCAGAUCUGAGUCCGUACAGCCAGUGUCACCGUCGACCGAGAUCGGAACCGCCGACCAGUCGCCAUCAACCGCCGAAGACCACCAUCGUGAUCCUGACGUCGAGACGAGUCCAGAGCUAGAAGACCAGCCGCAGACCACCGCGCACGCGCCCUCACGCGCCUCCACGCGCCGCCGCACCUCCGCGCGUGCAUCUCACGCGCCGCCACCUGUCGCCGCUAUGCCGCCAAAGAGAGGAGCUAAGCGUACUCGCACCGUCAGAGCAAGAGUUGAUGCUCGUGAAGUUGUGGAUGAGCAAGGUACUGCAGCGGGUGUCCAGGCAGAAGGUGUGCCGCCAGUAGCCCCACCGAUUGAUCAGGCUGCACUCAUGCAGAUGGUCCAGGCAGCAGCUACGCAAGCUGCUCAGGCUGCCAUUCAGCAGGUUACCCAGGAAGCAGCUCGGGUUGCUGCACAGGAAGCUGCUCGAGUAGCUGCACAGGAAGUUGCUCGCCAGUUGGCUGCCGCUCAGGUUCCACCACAGCAGAUUCCAGCAGUGCAGAUUCCUCAGGUCCCAGCACAGCAGAUUCCAGCAGUGCAGAUUCCUCAGGAUCCAGCGCAGCAGAUUCCAGCAGCGAGAUUCCUCAGUAUGAUGAAGAACAUGGGUAUGGAGCAUUUUGUAGGAACAGUGGAUCCCACAGCCACUUAUGAUUGGAAGCUGAGUCUGAAACGGAAGCUGGAGAAUAUUGACUAUUUUAUCGAGGAGUUUGAUAAGAAGUACUUUCCGAAACAAGCUAUGGAUAGAAAGAAGAGGGACUUCGAGCAUGUGAGCCAGGGUGACUUGUCGAUCAAGCAGUAUGAGGUUAAGUUCAACCAGCUUCGCAGAUUUGUUGGAAGUGGUAUUCCUGAAGAUGAGUUGAUCAGGAAGUUUUUGGAUGGGAUGCGUUUGGAGAUUCGCAACAGGUGCAAUGUCGUCACUUACUACAGAUUGGGAGACUUGGUGGAGAAAGCAGCUGAACAGGAAGCAGGUUGGAUAGAGGAGCAGAAACUUCUCAAAUCUGCUCAGCCUAAGCCUGGGAGGACUACGGAGUCUCAGAGGAAGACCGGAGACCAGUCAGAGGCACCGUAUUGUUCUCGAUGUCGUCGUCACCAUAAUGGACACUGUACCAAGUGUUUUACUUGUGGACGGUUGGGGCACACCAUGAAGUUUUGUCGGGUGAGGCCAGCAGAUGCAUCUCAAGUUAGGCAGAAUACAGCACCAGCAGCACCAGCAGCACCAGCAGCUGCAGUAGUCGCACCAGGAGCUUGCUUCAAUUGUGGCAAGCAAGGCCAUUUCGCCAGAGAUUGCACGACAGAGCCUGCCGCAAAGCGUCAAGCCAUCACUCCACGAGUGUAUGCUUUAGGAGGAACUGAUGGAGCUGAGCCGACAGCUGGAUCGGUUUCUGUUGGAAGUGAGAUAGCUCACACUCUUUUCGACACGGGAGCUUCCCAUAGCUUCGUGAGUUCGCGGCUAGUCAAGUCUUGGUCCUUUCAAGGUGUCUUUGACCCAAAGAAGAAGAAUAUUAUAACAGCUGGCGCAGAGAGUUUAGGAACCCUUGGUAUCCAUCGAGAGGUACCAGUUGUACUAGGAGGAGUGAAGUUCAUCGGAGACUUAUCAGAGAUGGAGCUAGAUUACUACGAUGUUAUACUUGGGAUGGAUUGGCUGUCGCGGCAUCGAGUGGUGGUAGAUUGUCCAAGGGCAAGAGUUCUUAUCCCUAGAGAGGAAGGGAAUAUCACAUUCCAGUGCAUCCAAGUUCAGCGGGGAGUUUCUAUUGUUUCCAUGAUGCGUGCUGAGGACUUGUUGGAGAGAGGAGCAGAGGGAUUUCUAGCAACUAUCUCGGUGGUUAAAGAUGAUGGACAUUUAGAGUUGCAAGACAUACCUGUGGUUGCAGGGUUUCAAGAUGUAUUUGAGGCAUUAAAAGGGCCACCACCAGCCAGAGAUGAUGUCCUCACCAUUGAGUUGGAACCAGGGACAGCACCAGUUUCACGGGCUCCGUACCGAUUAGCACCAGCAGAGAUGGCUGAAUUGAAAAAGCAGUUGGAGGAGUUAUUGGAGAAAGGUUUCAUCAGACCUAGUACUUCCCCUUGGGGAGCACCAGUAUUGUUUGUCAAGAAGAAAGAUGGGAGUUUCAGGCUUUGUAUUGACUACAGAGGGUUGAACAAGGUGACCAUCAAGAAUAAGUAUCCACUUCCGCGAAUCGAUGAGUUGUUGGAUCAGUUGCAGGGAGCUUCAUGGUUUUCUAAGAUAGACUUGGCAUCAGGUUACCACCAGAUUGCGAUAGCAGAUGGAGAUGUACGGAAGACGGCUUUUCGGACACGUUAUGGUCAUUACGAGUUUGUGGUGAUGCCAUUUGGGCUGACAAACGCACCUGCAGCGUUCAUGAAGUUGAUGAAUGAUGUUUUCCACGAGUACUUGGAUAAGUUUGUGAUUGUCUUCAUCGAUGAUAUUCUGAUUUAUUCUCGGAGCAGAGAAGAGCAUGCUGAACAUUUGCGGAUUGUUUUGGAGAAGCUGAGAGAACAUCACUUGUUUGCUAAAAUGAGUAAAUGUAGCUUCUGGCAGAGGAAGAUUGGAUUUUUGGGCCAUGUAGUUUCUGAGGAAGGAGUUGCUGUUGACCAAGAGAAGAUUACUGCAAUUUCAGAGUGGCCGACACCUAAAAGUGCUACAGAGAUCCGCAGCUUUUUGGGUCUAGCAGGUUAUUACAGGAAGUACGUCAUGGGUUUUGCCAGUAUCGCUAAGCCGAUGACAGAGUUGACAGGCAAGGAUGUUAAGCUUGUUUGGACUGAUGAGUGUUCACAUAGCUUCACGGAGCUAAAGCGACGACUGACAAAUGCACUAGUUCUGGUACUGCCGAGACCAGGAAUACCAUAUGAGGUUUUUACAGAUGCGUCAGGUACUGGCUUGGGUUGUGUAUUGAUGCAAGAGGGUCAUGUUAUUGCUUAUGCAUCACGCCAGUUGAGACCUCACGAGGUUAAUUACCCUACUCACGACCUGGAGUUAGCAGCAGUUGUGUUUGCACUAAAAAUUUGGAGGUCAUAUCUGUAUGGAGAGAAGGUUAAGAUCCUUACAGACCACCAGAGUUUGAAGAAUAUUUUUACUCAGGCAGAUCUAAACUUGAGGCAGCGAAGAUGGAUGGAGUUGUUAGCAGAUUACGACCUGGAUAUUACUUUCCAUCCUGGUAAAGCCAACCAGGUGGCAGAUGCCUUGAGUAGACGCAAGAUUGAUGUGUCAGGAACCAAAGAGGUUCAAGAGCUGACGGCGACACUUGCCACUCUCAGAGUGUGCGCAGUUACUGCAGAGGGAGAGACAUCUGGUCUUGAUGCCUUGGAGAAUGCAGAUUUAUUAUGGAGGAUACGCAAGGUUCAGGAUAAUGACAAGGUUUUGGUUAAGCAGAUUGAGAUUGAAAGUAUCGGUUAUCAUACAGCUAUGAGCGGGAUGUACAUGUACCGAAACCGAGUUUGUGUGCCUGAUGAUAAGUUGUUAAGAAAGGAAAUCUUACAGCAAGCACACCACUCAAAAUUUGCUAUCCAUCCGGGCAACACUAAGAUGUACAGAGAUCUGAAACGCUAUUACCAUUGGCCUGGUAUGAAGAAAGAUGUUGCUACAUUUGUAUCGCAGUGUCAGACGUCUCAGAUGGUUAAGGCUGAGCAUCAAGUGCCUAGCGGAUUGUUGCAAAACCUACCAUUGCCAGAAUGGAAAUGGGACAUGGUGACCAUGGAUUUUGUUUCUGGACUACCGAUAACCACGGGUGGGAAGAAUGCUGUUUGGGUGAUUGUAGACAGACUCACCAAGUCUGCUCAUUUUCUGCCGAUUAAGAAGACAUAUGGAGCUACGCAGUUGGCACAUAUAUACAUCGAUGAGAUUGUGAGGUUGCAUGGAGUUCCUGUUAGUAUUGUUUCUGAUCGAGAUCCAAAGUUCUCAUCCACUUUUUGGGGAGCCUUUCAGAAUGCACUUGGGACGAAAGUCCAUAUGAGUACAGCCUAUCACCCUCAGACAGACGGACAGUCGGAGAGGACUAUUCAGACAUUGGAGGAUAUGCUUAGAGCUUGCGUCCUAGAUUGGGAGGGUAGCUGGGGAAAGUAUCUACCUCUAGUUGAGUUUGCCUACAACAACAUUUAUCAUUCGAGCAUUGAGAUGGCACCGUAUGAGGCACUUUAUGGUAGGCCUUGUCGUACACCACUUUGUUGGACAGAAGUGGGGGAGAGACGGGACUUAGAACCAGCAAUGGUUCAGGAGACAGUAGAGCAAGUGGAGAUGCUCAAGACUCGACUUAAGGAAGCUCAUGACCGUUAGAAGAGUUAUGCAGACAAGCGCCGUAAGGAUUUGGAGUUUCAGGUGGGCGACUUAGUAUACCUGAAAAUGAGGACAUUUCAGGGAGGAUCUAAGACUCGAAAGCUAAAGAAGCUUAAACCAAGAUAUAUGGGACCGUACCCUAUUUUGGAGCGGAUUGGAGCAGUGGCUUAUAAAUUGCAGUUAUCAGCAGAGUUAUCAGACUUUCAUGAUGUGUUCCACGUGUCUGUUUUGAGGAAAGUUGUGAGAGAGCCAGAGCUUAUUUUGCCUCAGCCGCCGAGAGAUCUUGGUAAAAAUUUGUCUGCACCUUGUCAGCCAGUUGAGAUUGUUGAGCGUCAAGUGAAAGCUGUUCAAGGAAUGAUGACCAGUUUGGUCAAAGUCCGUUGGGAAAGAGACGGGAUUCAGGAGGAGACCUGGGAGAUCGAGGCUCAUAUGAGGAUUGAUUAUCCGGAGCUUUUUCAGGAUGGUAUUGGACAGUCGGUUCAAGAGCCGAAUUCGGGGUCGAAUUCUUUUGUAGUGGGGGAGAAUUAUAACGACCCAUUUCCCAGCCCGGUAAAUUUGGCCCAGCGAGACCCAGACCCAUCGCAGGAAACCCUAGAGUGUGAGUCGUCGAGCAGAUCUGAGUCCGUACAGCCAGUGUCACCGUCGACCGAGAUCGGAACCGCCGACCAGUCGCCAUCAACCGCCGAAGACCACCAUCGUGAUCCUCACGUCGAGACGAGUCCGGAGCUAGAAGACCAGCCGCAGACCACCGCGCACGCGCCCUCACGCGCCUCCACGCGCCGCCGCACCUCCGCGCGUGCAUCUCACGCGCCGCCACCUGUCGCCGCUGUUCGCCGGAGUCUUCGUCGCCGGUGA